CUGAACUGCAGCUCAAAUUUGAGAGUCCCCUCCGCUCUCACACACUCUCUCCGAAUUUCAUGCUUCUUCUUCUAUGACUGAAUCUACUGACACCACCACCGCUGCCAUGCCAACACUGGCUUCCCAACUGACUAAUGUAUCAUCGGACACCGAUUUUACAGAGCUCACUGCCGGAACCUCAAUAAAAACACAGGGCUCUUGUACACGACUCCCUCUUCCAGACAACAUCGAACGUGACCAAGAUCGACUGAGUAUCAACGGACAAGAGUCAAGUGGCCAACCGCCGACGACCAGAAAGAAUCGUGCCAAUGAGAUUCGCAAAAGCUAUCAAGCACCACCUCCAGUCGUGCCAGACCUGGAGGGUGAAAUGGAAAAAUGGUUUACCAUGGCAGACAGAUAUGGAUUUCUAGUAGAGAAUUCAACACAGCAACCCAAUGCAGAACAGGCACAGAAAGAAGUUGAACGCUCUACUAAAUGGGCUCGUAUGGCCGAACAUACGCGUUUGAAUGGCGAGGAUCUCCACAUAUUCAAAAGAAACCAUAAGUUCGUAAAACGUAUAUUCAAGGGUAUACCGGAUUGCUGGCGGAGAGAUGCAUGGUACUUUUUAUGCACAGACGGGCUGCGUACUGCCGAAGAUGAUGAAGAGCUACGUGAACAGUACAAGUCUCUACUGUCAAAGCCGUCCCAGCAUGAGCGUCAAAUCGAUCUUGACAUAGCAAGGACGAUGCACGGUCAUAUCAUGUUCCGCCAACGAUACGGGCAGGGCCAACGUGCUUUAUUCAACGUUCUGCGCGCUUUUUCAGGAUUUGAUACCGAAGUGGGGUAUUGUCAGGGAAUGACAAAUAUUGUCGCAAUGCUACUGAUGUAUUGCGAAGAGGAGAGAUCUUUUACAGCAUUGGUUCACAUGUUUCUCCGUGAUGGAUUGCAUGACUUGUUCAUUGCAGGGUUUCCGGCAUUGAUGGAGAGUUUCUACAUCCAGGAACAGCUCGUGGAACGCUAUAUGCCGAAAUUACACCAUCAUUUGAUGAAUGUGGGGUUGAGCAGCGACGCCUACGCCACUCGUUGGUACAUCACUUUGUUUACUGGUGGUGUUGUAUCCUAUCAAACGUUAUUGCGGAUAUGGGAUGUAUAUUUCCUUGUCGGUUUUGAUAUAUUUUAUUUUGUGGCCAUUGCUCUUUUAAAAACACAUCAAGAUCAACUGUUGACAGGUGAAUUCGAUCAAUGUAUAACACUGCUCGGGUCUACCAUGACUGUACCGGACGAUGAUAGAUUUAUGAAGCUUGUAAAACGGCUAUACGAAAGAGGAGCGCGGUAUAUACCCACAUUCAAAUCAAACUACAAAUCCAAGAAAAACCUAUGGUACUGUAUAGUAGCAACAACAAUACCAUAUGAGCCUGAAUAGCUUACUUGUUUCGUUUAUGUAGAAUGCACACCGCCUUCUAAUAAUAUCAGUGGCCAAUCCAGUUUAUAAUUUUCAUUAUCAUCGUUUCUACAGCACAGCCGACGGCAUUUCUUAUUUACACAUUCUCGUAUAUUUACACAAAUUUUUGCGUUCUUGUCCACUACAUACACAACACAUCCAAUUCUUACGAUUUUCCAAAGGCGUAACAUACAUGUAAUGAAUAAUGACUAUACCAAUAUUAUUAAUUCUCUUUUCGUACAAGUAUGGAUGUCUUUUAUACACCGCAACAGAUAUGAUCCUUGCACGAUGUUUGUCACCUUCUAUUAUACAUGCACCAUCAAGGAGAAUGCUGUUUCAAUAAAAACUAAUUGAGGUCCCAUCAUCCGUAGGAUAUGUGGAAUAG